AUGUCCCAAAGAAUUAACAAACAAUCAUGGAAAAAUUUCGACUUUGAAGCGCAUUAUGAACUGCCAAAGCAGAUGGAUGGCCACAACUGUGGAAUUUUCAUCUACAUGGUCACGUUAGAUAAAAGCAAAUCAAUUGGAAACGAAUUUGAUCCAAUAAGAUGUAGAUUAAAAAUAUUUGAUGAUUCAAAUGGAGGCAUAAGUCCAUUGUUAAAAGCUCAGCGUAAUCGACAAAUUUUUACUGUUAAUUUGGAACAAGAAAUAGCGAAAGGUAUAGGCAGAGAAGAGUUACUCAAGAUUGACUUAUUCUGGAAGAAUAAAUGCUUUUUAGGGUUAACUGAAAAUGGUCUCCAAGGCAACGAUGAAUCUUUACAAAACCUACAGAGCAUAAUAACAAGUAACUACAAUGCUUUAGAAAGAAAAGAGAUCAUCUCCAAAGAUUUUGCACCUUUUGGACAGUGGUACAAAGGCUUCAAACUUGAUGCUGCUUGGUUGCAGAAACACCAUUCAGAACUGAAAGCAAUAAAACUGGGUUCUCGUAAAAGUCUAAAAUGCAAACUGUGCUACGAUAACAUUUCUGAAGCUAAAAAGUAUGCUCGAAAUGGUACUGUCCCAAUAGCUGAUGGUGUUCGGUGUGACGGCAUGCAACAGCUUCAAAGAAUUAUUGAUCACUUGAAAGUUGAUGUACACAAUGAUUCAGUAACCAAAACGCUGUCAGCUUGGUCUUGGCCAAGUCGUUCACUAGCACAAAUGCAUGCAGAAAACCAAGUUAAGCAAUACAUUGAUCACGGUCUUGAUCGUGACUUUGUGGCGUUUAAUCCACCACAGUCAGCAUUGCAUUACAGAAAUCCUGACCGGUACAGAGAGAUAUUAUCAUUUGUGUCCAAGCAUGAAUUGAGCAGAGUUAUUCAAGCAUUGAAAAUCGCAGACUGUGUCGCCCUGCAAAUUGAGAAAUCUGUUGAUAAAUACAAUGCUGACAGUCUGUUUACUGCCCGAUACAUGGACAACACUAAUUUUGAGAUGAAAGAUAGUUUUCUUGGCGAAUGCCACAGUGAGUUAAGAGGAGUAAUUGGGAUGGUCGAUGCUUUGCAGAAACGUUUCCAGUAUCUUGAAAUUGAAGAUGUCAUUAAAGCAAAGAUGUGCAUAGCUCACAGAUUUGACCUGGCUUUUGAAAGCGUUGAAAACGUGGUUCCGGAGUUUCGUCAUUGGUUAACAGAUGUAAAAAAUGUUGCUACUUAUUUUCGUGAAUCAAGCUACCGUCAAGAAAACCUGCAUGAAAUUGCUGCAAGUUUGGGUGAGACUGCUAAACAUUUUCCACGGCAUCAUGAAGUUCGUUUUGCGGAACACCUUGCCAAUGUUAUACUUGCAGUUCUGUCUAAUCAUCAGAUGAUGUGCGCUUACUGGAAGACAGUUGUACAACAAGGUGAAAAUAAUGAAAAGCAAAGAGCAAGAGGUUUUCUGAAGGAUUGGUCCCAAACUUCAUUCAACUUAAACAUGAGUGCUGUUGCUUUGGAUAUCUUGCGAUUUACAAAAAGAAGCUCAACGCACAGAAAUGUGAAAAACUUGUAUGUUACAACACACAAUAGAAAUUUUGAAGCAGUGCGUCUUGAGGUAAUCACAUGUGCAAAAAACUUCCUUGAGAGAAGGUUGGAUGUCGAUCAGGAUUUACAAGUAAAGGCAAUUAUAGAUGUUGCCAAUGCUGAAAAUGCUGAAGCAAUGAUCAAAGCCGAAUUAAAAAGCGACCUUCGAUCAUCUAUGUCGAGAAAUACUGUGAAUGACCGAUUAUUCAUUGCUUUAAAUGCUAUAGGUACCGCAAAUUUUGAUCCUCGGCCAGUGGUGGCUGAUUUUCUUUCUUCAAAAACGAGACGAUCGACUCUACCAGAUGAUGAACUUUACCGAAACAGGUAA